AUGUUUCCUCCCAAAGGGCCCAAUCACUACGGCCAGCAGCCGCCUUAUGGCGGGCAGCAGCCGUACGGCCAAAUCCCUAGUAGCACUGGAUUUGCAGCCCCUACAGCGGCAGGUGGCACUGAUGCUGGUCGGUUUGGUGCGCGUGCAGGACAAGGGGCUGCUGCGCAGUAUGGAGGGCCUUAUGCAUCAGUGUAUGGCACGCAACAGGUUGGUGGAAUUGGUGGCAAAGGUCCAGCUUCUUCAAGUCUUCCUAGCUUGCCAACUCGUCCAACUUCGCUCGCUGAGUCAUCCAAGUUCUCAUCUGCACCUGUGGUGUCUGGCCUGGCAAGACCAAAUGAUGACUAUAUGGCUGUGCGUGGUUAUGCACAGAAGCUAGACCAAUAUGUCACUGAUUAUCCACUAGAGAGAAGGAUGUAUGGCGAACACUCAGCCAAUCUUGGUAGGAGAGAUGGCCUCAGUGAUUUGGAUAGAAGAUACACCGAUCAGAUAGCUACUGGUCAUCAGGUUCAUGAUCAUAUGGAGCAGGGUUCAUCGAUGCGGCACCAGCAGCUCCUGAAAGGUCAGCUGCAGCCUGGAUCUGAUACGAGACAAGCCGAUUACUUUGCAGGAAGGUCUGCUCCAGUCCAUCAAGCAUCCCAGGAAAUUGGUGUAUAUGGAAGAGUUGAAGCUGAUAAUCGCAACAUGUCCAUUCUUGGGACUGCUCCAUAUGGAAGACAGCAAGCAGCCUCAUUGUUGGAAGGAGCUCCAAGGACAAACAUUGACAGCCUCUAUGGACAAGGUUCAUCAAGUACUGGUUAUGGCGCAGGUCUUCCUCCUGGACGUGAUUAUGCCUCGGGGAAAGGCCUCCUCCAUCCAUCUUCAGAUCCUGAUUACCGAGAUAGCAUCUUACCCCGUGUACAUCCAGGCGUCUCAAUGGUUGAUGAUCGUAGAGUUGAUCGGAUUGGUUAUCGUCGUGAACUGGAUCUAAGAGAUGAAGAACGUAGAAGGGACCUACUGCUGGAACGAGAAAAGGAGCUUGAAUGGGAACGCGAACGGGAGCGGGAGCGCGAGUUACGGGACUUUCGAGACCAUGAAAGAGAAAGAGAAAGAGAACGUGAAAGGGAAAGGGAUCAUGAAAGACUACUAAGAGAACGCGAAAGAGAAAGGGAACGCGAACGUGAAAGAGAGCGUGAAAGAGAACGCCUUCGUGAGCGCCGGGAGAAGGAGAGAGAGCGGGAUAGGAAGCAUGGAGCUGAUCCAAGGCGGGAGCUCACUUCACCUAGAGGCCCUGGUGAUCAGCGGCGCUCUUCUUCUGUUAGAUCUGAGAAGCCUGUGCGGCGAAUUUCCCCUCGACGUGAUGCUGUGCAUAGGCAUCGUUCACCUGUUAAAGAAAUAAAGAGAGAAUAUAUUUGCAAGGUUUUGCCAUUUCGCUUCGUGGAUGAUGAGAGGGAUUAUCUGUCCUUGACAAAACGGUAUCCCAGACUUGCAAUUACUCCAGAAUUUUCUAAGAUUGUCUUGAACUGGGCUAAAGAAAACUUAAAUCUUCCUCUGCAUACGCCAGUGAGUUUGGAGCAUGAUAUCCUUGAUUCAGAUGAUGGUACUGAUGAAGGAGCAAUUGUCUCUACUGAGAAAACAUCAAGCUUCAAUACUCCAGCCACCAUUUGGAAUGCAAAGGUACUAUUGAUGAGUGGCUUGAGCAAAGGUGCCUUUGCUGACAUAACUUCACUGAGAAGUACCGAGGAACGAGUUGUGCACUUGAACAAUAUCUUAAAAUUUGCUGUAUUCAAGAAGGAUCGUUCUCUUUUUGCAAUUGGAGGCCCUUGGAAUGCAGCAGUAGAUGGUGGUGACCCAUCAGUUGACUGUUCUUGCUUGAUUCGAACUGCCAUCAGAUGCGUUAAGGAAAUGGUUCAGGUUGAUCUAUCUAGUUGCACCCACUGGAACCGUUUUGUUGAGGUACAUUACAAGAGAAUAGGCAAAGAUGGACUCUUCAGUCAUAAAGAAAUUACUGUUCUGUUUGUGCCAAACUUGUCGGAAUGCCUGCCUUCAGUGGAUGUAUGGAAGAAUAACUGGAUUCUGUACAAAAAAUCAAAGGCAGAAAGGGAGCAGCUCACUGCUAAAAAGGAAAAGAGCCCUGGUGAUUCAAAAGAGCAGAUGCAAGGGGAGCUGAACAAGGGUAAAAGGUUAGAUGCUGAUCAAUUAAAAGAGGGUGAUCUUGGUUGCAGUGAUAUGAAAAAUGAGAAAGGUGAUGCUGAUACGAAACAACAAGAUAAUGAUGGAGAGGGUAAGGUUAAAGUUGAGGAACCUGUUCAGAAGAUGGGUGGGGAUGUUGAAGGAAAAACUACGGGUGACUCCUCUAUUGACCAUGCAGCUGGGGAUAAAAAGCCCACAAAAAAGAAAAUAAUAAAAAAGGUUGUGAAAGUUGUUCGGAAAAAAACAACUGGACCUUCAGCUGAUAAAUCUUCUUCUGAGGACAAGAAUGCUGUAGCAGAAUCUGCAAACAAAACUGCAGAAGGGGGGCAGAGUCAACAAAAGAAUGAGGAUGCUGGAAAAGAACAAGAGGGAGCUGGCAUAAGUCAACAGCCCGAAGCAAAGAAAACUGGAAAGAAGAAAAUAAUUCGAAGGAUUGUUAAAAGGAAAGUUUCUGGUUCAUGUUCUCAGUUGACUGCCCCUGCUACACCUGCUGAAACUAGUAAGCAAGAAACAGAAGUUCAGCCAGAUAAAAAUGUUGAGAGCUCAACCGAUGUUGGAAAUCCUCAGACUAAGCUGCAAGAAGGGUCAAAAAUUCCAUCUGGAGAAGAUAUCUCAAAUCAGAAGAAAGAAGAGAAGCCAGAGGAAAAGGAACACCCAUUGACUGAUCGCAGUUCAAAUGAGGAUAAGGGCAAUCACAAGGAAGCUAUGGAACAAAAAGAUACGAAAAAGGAUGGAAAGAAGGAUAAAACAAAGGACGAUAAAGAGAAGAAGAAUAAAGACCUCAAGAUGGAUCCAAAGCAAAAGCCACUCAAUGACACAAAAGAAAAGAAGAGCUUUCUUUGUUUGCUGAGUCAUUCGGUGAAAUGCUUCAACACAGAAUGGGUUGUGUUAUCCUGUCUUUUCUUGAGAAACUGUACAGGCGUUAUGUUGCGAAGAGGAAUCAACGUAAACGCCCAAAGAGAGGAAGAUCUAAAGAAAGAAGAGAAGAAAUCCUCGGAGAAGCGAUCCAAGACUAAUCAUGAGACUAUAACUGAAAGUGUUGAUAAUCCAGGAGGCAGUGUUAAAAUAACAAAAGAGGGUGAAGAAAGGAUGAGCACAGAUCAAUCAGCAAAUGUCCAUGCUGAACUGUCAAAAGAGGGUCAGAUAAAACUUGGCACCGAUCAUCCAAUUGCUAACCAUGGUGAACCAGCAAAAGAGGGCGAUGAAAAUACGAGCACUGAUCAUUCAGAGGCUGUUCUUGAUAAACCUGCAGCUGAUGCAAAUAUGGAGGAGGAAGAUCCUGAAUACGAGGAAGAUCCUGAAGAAAUAGAAAUAUAUGAAGAUGAUGAGGACAUGGAUGAUGCUCAUGCUGAAGAACAGAUUGCAGAGCAGAAUGAGAACACAAACGACAGAGAGGUGAAGCCAGAAGAAGUAGCGACAGCAGAUGGUGGAAAUAACAAAAGUACAACACAGCUUGAGGUAGAAAAUAUUACUAAUAUCCAUGAAAGAGCUGCUUCAAUAGAGGAAAAGCAGUCCGUGGCAGAGAAAGGAGAUUCGGUGGAAGGUGGAGAAAAGGUAGUCAGUAAGGAGGUUAAGCCAGCAAAAGAUGAGGUGGUCGACAAGGACCUAUUGCAGGCCUUUAGGUACUUUGACAUAAAUAGAGCAGGAUAUCUCAAGGUGGACGAUUUAAAAUGUAUUCUUCACAACUUGGGGAAGUUUUUAUCAAGCAGGGACGUGAAGGACUUGGUUCAAAUUGCUCUUGUUGAGAGCAAUUCUGCAAGGGACAAUCGCAUAAUCUAUCCAAAGCUUGUGAAGAUAGCUGACCUGUAA